AUGGAGAACUCCGAGAAGAAGCUGAACCAGAAGAGUGACGGCAAACCACGGAAAGUACGAUUUAAAAUCUCCUCCUCCUACAGUGGCAGAGUGUUGAAGCAGGUCUUUGAGGAUGGGCAGGAAUUAGAGUCGCCAAAGGAGGAAUACCCUCACAGUUUUCUCCAAGAGUCCCUUGAACCAAUGGAUGACGUUUAUGGGUCUGGGGAGGCCCCCAAGCCCCGACCAUACUCCCCUAAGCUGACUGCUCAGAGGAUCAGUGUUUUUAGAGAGGGCAAUGCCUACACUUUGGCGGGCGGCCAGUCUUUCUUCAAUGAUUACAAGGCGAAUGACCAUAAGUCCCCACCUAUUAUAGAUUUUGGAAAGAUAAUCAUCUACACGAACAACCUGAAAAUCAUCCGAACCCCAAUGGACAAGAGAGACUUCAUGAGGAAAAUGCUCCAGAAGGAAGAGGAGGCCGAGGAGGAGUCUCUGAUGAGCAAAGAAGAAAUCUGUGGAGACAGCGGCCUGAAUGAUGGGCAUUUGCCAGACACGGAAAGCACAUUCCCCCAUAACCAGUACCCACAGGAAGGGGAGCUUCCCGAGGACAACUGUUUUCACUGCCGAGGGUCGGGCAGUGCCACCUGCUCUCUGUGCCACGGCAGCAAGUUCUCCAUGCUGGCCAACAGAUUUAAGGAGUCCUAUCGGGCCCUGCGGUGCCCUGCCUGCAAUGAGAACGGCCUGCAGCCUUGCCAGAUUUGCAAUCAAUAGCCUGUGGCUUUGUAUGUCCGCUGUUAUCGCAUCCUUCCUGAAGUUACUGCUUAUAAACCCCCUCCUUCUCUUCCCUCUCCCAGCAAGGAAGCCACAGUGGCUACCACCACUUCCACCACUGGCAAAACUCAAUUACUUGAUGACAUUUCGUGAGGCUGGUAACAUCUCCAUGUGGUUGUAAGUGGCAGAGGCAUUUUCGAAUUAGAGUCGGCUUUGAAACGGGUUCUAAAAUUAUCCUUCCAGGAA